CCUUGGGUGACGCAUCAUUUCCUGUCUAAAUAGACAGCGCAAGCGGUUUGCGCAAACGCGUUUGUGCGUGCGUGUGUUGUGAGCAUUUUUUUAAAAAUUAAUCUUUCACUUUCACUUCAAGGCUCCAUUCACUCGGUGGUGACGCCGCAUUCAGAACCAUUAAAACAGGUUAAAAACACUACAACAUCACAGCUGCAACAGAGAUUCAACUCAGGGGAGCAGAGGAACGCACGAGACCCCCCCCACGCACCCGUCAUGGCGUACAAGUACCCGGCUGCACGUAGAGAUGAGAGUAAGGUGGACGACCACCAUGGGACUAAGGUCUGCGAUCCCUACGCGUGGCUGGAAGACUCCGAUGGUGCAGAAACGACGGCCUUUGUUGAGGAGCAGAACAAACUGACCAUGCCGUACCUGGAGCAGUGUGCUGUCCGGGCUCAGUUCCACCAGCGUCUCACUGAGCUCUAUGACUAUCCCAAAUACAGCUGCCCUUACAAAAGAGGGAAAAGGUACUUCUACUUCCACAACAAAGGCCUCCAAAACCAGGAUGUGCUCUACGUGCAGGACUCUCUGGAUGGAGCCGCCUCUGUAUUCUUUGACCCCAAUACCUUCUCUGAAGAUGGCACCGUGGCACUGAAGAUGGCCCGGCUGUCUGAGGAGUGUGAAUAUUUUGCGUACGGUUUGAGCAGCAGCGGGUCCGACUGGGUGACGGUGAGCUUCAUGAAGGCGGAGGAUCUCGCUACGCUGCCCGACGUGCUGGAGAGGGUGAAAUUCAGCUGCUUGGCCUGGACUUACGAUGCCAAGGGCGUCUUUUACAACUGCUACCUACGCCAGGAAGGCAAAACCGACGGCACAGAGACCACCUGCAACAUCAAUCAGAAGCUCUUCUACCACUUCAUCGGCACCAAACAGUCAGAAGACAUUCUGGUUGCCGAGUUCCCCGAAAAUCCCAAGUGGCACAGCUCAGUAACCAUAUCGGAUGAUGGCCGAUACGCUGUUCUGUCCAUCACUGAAGGCUGUGAACCCGUCAACCAGCUGUGGUACUGCGACCUUCAGCAGCUCUCCGACGGCAUCACAGGUGUGCUUCCCUGGGUCAAACUCGUUGACAACUUUGAAGCCCAGUACGCGUACGUCACCAAUGAGGGAACCGUGUUCACGUUCCGCUCCAACUUGGACGCUCCUCGGUACCGUCUGGUCAACAUCGACAUCCAGAAACCAGACCGGCAGCACUGGACCACCCUCAUUCCACAGCAUGACAAGGACGUCCUGGGCCUGGUCUCCUGUGUGAACCAGCACCACCUGCUGGUCAACUAUGUCCACGACGUGAAGGACGUCCUGCAGCUGUGUGAGCUGUCCACUGGCCGGCUGGUGAGGAGUCUGCCGCUGGACGUGGGCACGGUGGCCGGAGUGAGCUGCAAGAAGAAGCACUCUGAAUUCUUCUACAAGUUCUCCUCCUUCACUACACCUGGUAUCAUUUACCACUGUGAUUUGAGCGAGUCCCACCCGGAGCCCAGCGUGUUCAGGGAGGUGGAGGUGAAGGGCAUCAAGCCAGAGGACUACGAGAUCAGCCAGGUGUUUUAUCCCAGUAAAGAUGGAACCAAGAUCCCCAUGUUCUUAGUUCACACCAAGGGCCUGAAGAAGGACGGCACUCAUCCCGUCUUCCUUUAUGGCUACGGGGGCUUUGAGGCUUCCAUACAACCGUACUACAAUGUUGCUUACCUGCUAUAUGUGAGACACCUGGGAGGCAUCCUGGCAGUGGCCAACAUCAGAGGGGGUGGAGAGUACGGCCUCACCUGGUACAAAGCGGGCACGCUAGGGAACAAGCAGAAUGGCUUCGAUGACUUCCAGUGUGCAGCAGAGUAUCUGGUCCAGGAGAAGUACACCACGGCCAGCCGCAUCGCUAUCAACGGAGCCUCUAAUGGCGGCCUGCUCGUGGCGGCAUGCGUGAACCAGCGUCCAGACCUGUUUGGCUGUGCCGUGGCAGAAGUUGGGGUGAUGGACAUGCUGAAGUUCCAUAAAUUCACCAUCGGCCACGCCUGGACCACCGACUACGGCUGUUCUGACGACCCGGAGCAGUUCAAGUGGCUCAUCAAGUAUUCCCCUCUCCACAAUCUGCCUCCGGCCCCUUACUCCGGCCCUCCCUACCCGGCCGUCCUGCUUCUCACAGCCGACCACGACGACCGUGUGGUGCCUCUCCACACCCUGAAGUACUGCGCGGCCCUGCAGCACGGAGUGGGCAGCAGCCCCGUGCAGCGGCAGCCUCUGAUGGUCAGGGUGGACACCCGGAGCGGGCACGGCGCCGGGAAGCCCACCGCCAAGGCCAUCUUGGAGGACACACACAUCUUUUCCUUCAUCGCAGAGACACUUGGGCUGAGCUGGAUCAACUGACGAGUUAGUGAAGAUGAGGUUCUUGUGAAAACAUGCUUUUAAUGUUUAGUGAAAGACUGAAGGGAUGUACUGGUACAACAAAAUGAAACGGUUGGAGAAAAGACGGACAGGUGAAAUAAUAUUCCAAGAAAAAUAAUAACCCCCAACUACAGGGUGAAAAAAAACUAACUAUAAUUCUUCUUUUGAAACAACGCUUGUCUAAUUUGUUACAUUCUUGUAGAUCUAAUUUGAUCUGAAUAGUUCAGCAUCCUUGAUGGAAGAAGUAUUGAAUAAAGUAAAAAUAUCUCGGCAUUAAAAUGUUUUUGUGUUUUUUUUAAAAUUAUUAUAAAAAUGUUGCAUUAACAAUUGACAGAUUUUGAAAAGGACAAUAGUGCUGGUGACCUCUAUUUACGUUAUUGGCUAGACUGGCUUUGAACAAAGCUUCUUCAGUAGUGAGCGCAGUAUAUCUUGUUGAUUUUAAAUGAGUAAAAUAUCAAUCAUUUUCAAAAAUCUGUGAUCUGGUCAAUUGUUCCACCACAAACCCACACAAAACAAUUUGUUAAACUUUUCCUUUUGAAUAUGCUUUGUAUAUGGAAUCUUUAUUUGUACAGUAACUAGUAACUGAAGUUGUCAAAUAAAGUAUUGGUUAAUAGUAGAAGUACCAUUAAAAAAAAAAGAAAAAGUGAAGUACCUCCC